CGAGGGAGGGACCAAUUAGCGAAGGGAAAGAAAGAGAGAAAGAGAAGAGAGUCAGGAAGGCAGGUGCAGUGGCACAGGACCGGUCUGCUGACACACAUACAUACCCAAACACACACACUCAGUAGACACACACACAAGCACACACACAAACACAGAGCGAGUGACAAUGGCCGGCUAACGACGAUGGACACGGCGAAAACCAGCUACCCCCCUCAGGCCACAGGAAGUGAUGCAACUGCCCUGGGUGACAUGGAGAGCAGCCCCAACCACCUGCGUAGGGACGAGGGGACAGAGGCCACCAGGGACAGAGAUGCUGAAGUGGAGGCUGUCACUGAUGCAGUGGUGGCAGCUGCAGAUGCUGCGCAUGUCCAGUGGGUGGCGCAAGAUAAGCACAGAUCCAACACUGUGGGGCAUCAGAAGAAGCAGAGGCAGAAGGUUGUGGACUUCGGGACGGUGAGCAAGUCCUCUUCCGUCAGUGUGAAGACGCGAACAGGGAUUCAGGGCCUGUUUACACAGGCAGUAUCGGACAAGAGUCCAGGUCCUGAGGAGCAGGGGGCUCUGGAGGGCCUGAAGCAGGCUCUGCAGUCAUACGCCGUGCCCGCGGACCUCACGUGGAAGUGGGCGGACGGAGGGUCGGCCCACGCACUUGAGGACAACUGGACGGAGCUGGUGCAUUCUCAUUGGAUGAUGUCAAAGACACAAAGGCACCAGCAGGAGGCGCUGUGGGAGUUUCUCAACACUGAGCUCGCUUACAUCAACAAGAUCACCAUCAUUACAGACCUGGUGAUGGCAGCACUGUCUAACUUACACCAAUAUGGCUACCUGCAAGAGGUCACCCCAGAGAGGCUCUUCUCCAACCUGCCGUCUAUCCUGGCGGCGCACCAGCGCUUCUGGGAGGAGGUGAUGCGGCCCAUGCUGCUCAGAGCCCGCCAGACCGGACGCCCGCUAGACCCCCUCAUGCUGCAGCCUGGCUGCCUAAAGUUCCAGGAGCACUUCCCGGCCUACUUCCAGUACUGUCUGGAGGAGAAGAGGGCGCUGGAGGUCUGCCGCAGCCAGACAGAGACCAACCCCUACUUCGCCGCCUUCGUCACGUGGGUGGAGACCCAUCCGCAGUGCUCUCGCAUGCGAUUGGGGGACAUGCAGGCCAAGCCCCACCAGAGGAUCACCAAGUACCCUCUGCUGCUGAAGGCCAUCUUGAAGGCAACGGAGGACACAGAGACCCAGGGCUCCCUCAAGAGGAUGCUCACCAGCGUGAACGACUUUGUGGACAGCAUCAACAAUCACUUGAAACAGAGGGAUGAGCAACAGGCCCUGUCUCAGUGCGCCCAGAGAAUAGAAGGCUAUGACAUAGGCGAGGGAAUGAAUGAAGAGAUCAUCAAGCAUGUCAAGGAGUUCCACUUUGAUUUGAUGAGGCCUGUCCGGGGGGUGGGCCCAGAGGUCAUUCGCAAGCUCCUAUUGGAGGACACCGUCAAGAUCAGGGGAAGGAAAGAUAGCAAAGUGGAAGCGGUGUUGCUGCUCUUCACGGACGUGGUGCUAGUGGCCAAGGGCCAGAGGAAGUCAGAGAAGCUCAAGCUAGUGCGCCCCCCGCUGGCCCUGGACAGAAUGCGCUGCUCCGCCCUCAAAGACGGCUCCUCCUUUAUCCUGGUGGAAGUGAGUGACCUGAGCUGUCCUGUGAGUUUUUAUGCCUUCUCGACCUCCAGCCCUGAGAACUGCACAGCGUGGUUGUCUGCCCUUCAGAAUGCCCAGGAAACCUUGUCGCUCCUGAGAGAGACUAAGACCAGUACAGGACCAGAAGUAGCUGAGGUGGACAGCCUGGACUCAGACGUCAUAGCAGAGGUCCAGCUAGAACAGACCGAGGCCAAUCCCGGCCCUUCAUUGGACAAUAUUGCUGUCAAUCCAACAGAGAGUCAAUUAGAGGAGAGGAGUGUGACCCCGCAUCAGCAACCAACAGAGGAAGUCACGUCAGCAGCAGGCAACGCAGACCCAGCGCCGCUGGCAAAACAGCGCAAGUUCAGUGACACCCGCAGCCAAUCGGUGCAUGGCAAUCUGGGGCACACGACGGUGAGAAGUGGCCGAAGCACACCCCAUGAAGGGAUGCUGUCGCAGCCGGGUUCACGGAAGAACAGCGCAACACAGCCAUGGGAUGUGACUGAGAUAUUUGUGCCUGGCCUUCAGGAGAGGCGGGUGACAUGGGGUCAGGCACAGCGUCCGAUAACGGCAACAAAUCCAAAUCCUCAGCACGGCUCCUCGUCCAGGAGAGAAUCACUCAUAGUGGAACGCCCCAGCAACCCACAUGCAUUGCUGGUUGGUGGAUACACUCAGGAGACCAGUGUGCCCAGGGAAUCAGCUGCAGAGACUUUUGCUGUGAUAACUGAACAUGUAGAACCUUGCGUCAGCCAAUUGGUCAAGUCACCUCAUGGGUCUGUCAAAUCGAACCAAUCAGAGCAGUCCGAGGAAAACCAGCCGAGACGGGACUCGUGGUUUAGCCAAUCAGGAGAGGAGGAGGAGGAGGCUCUCGUUGAGGCGAAAAGAUUUUCCCGGAAGCUCAAGUCUCCGCGGGUAAGGAGGAGGCGGCCUAUGAACCAGGAAGCAGAUGCUCCUCCUGAUCAGCAGUUGCAGCAGGAGUUGGCAGCUGCCGGGCCUACACUGAAACCACGGAGGGCAAACUACUCGUCGAACUCCGAUUCGGACAGCAGCCACAGACGGCCUGGCAGACCAGGCCAAGGCUCCCACCACCGCGUGCUGAAGAUGAGCUCAGUCAAACAGAACCGCGGCGCGUUCUGGAACGUGGACGAACGCAAUGGGGCAUCCGCCGAAUUGAACACCUUCUCAGACCCGGAGCUGCCCCAGAGACCGCUCCGUGAAAGGUCUCCUAAACUUCCGGUGAAGAAUCACAGGAGCUCGUCCAUCCCAGCCGUGGUGAUCCAGGAGGCUCCAGUGUGGCCUCCGGCCAAGAAGCCCUCCAGGCCCCCGCCAUCUCCCUCCCCACCGCCGAGUGAGUACCAACUCAAGGACUCCCCUCUCCAGGGCAUCCUGGAUCGCGCCAGAGAGCGAGAGAAGGAGCGAGGGGCAGUUAGGAAAGAAGAUACCGAGAAGAAAGAGGAUCUAGUGAAGAAAGAGGAUGCGGUCAGGAAAGACGAUUCGGACAAGAAAGACGAUCCAGACAAGAAAGAUGGCCCAGUGAAGAAAGAUACUCUGGUGAAGAUGGACGAUCCACUCAAUAAUCAUACGUUGGUGAAAGGGAAUGACUCGAUUAAAGAGAAGCCUGCGGCCCAAUGGGAGGAGGCUCCGCCCUCUUCCUCCCACUCAAGCUCUCCAUCCCCGUUGCCAAGCGACGGGGACCGAGAGGAGGACGUGGAUGAGGGGGUCCAGACUGGGUAUUUGCAGACCGAGAUGUUCUACGGCUGGAGAGAGGGAAAUGUGGACGGAAGUGAUGAUGAGGAAGAAAAAGUGAAGAGGAAGAGCAGUCCCAUGUAUCCAGAGGGGGCAAGUGUCGACUGGCCAGGCUGGUGCUUUGACGAUGAGGAAAUCGUCAACUUUAUGGCUCCAAAUGUAGGCCAGGACUGGGGCGAUCUGGACAAAACACUUACCUCUAUGGACUUCAGCCACAAACUGACUCAAGAAGAGGGCCAGUGCAGUGAGGUGUAGCUGGGUGCAGAAGGCUAAGAAGAAGAGGAACAGGAGGGAGAAGAAAAAGAUGAAGAUGAUGAUGAAGAAGAAGAAGAUGAUGAUGACUACAAUGACGGGGGAUGAGGACAAUGCGUCAGUCUUGCACUUUAUGUAAUGCAUUAACACUGUUCACUUCACCAUCAGUCUAGUGAAGUUAACCAUUUCUCAUCUGGCAUUUUAAAGAAAACACGUUAUCCUAAAGAAGAGAAGCAUUUCACUGUCAAAGCAUGCCAUUGGUUGUCACUUUAUUGUGCAUUCAUGUUUCUUGUAAUUGCUCUGUACAUACUGUACAAAGAGUUUCUUUGUAAAUAUUUGCCCUGGUAUGGUUCUA